AGGGCUCUCCCGCCUGGCUGCCCGUCGCUGCCCGCUCCCGCCUCGCGAGGAGUCAGCCGGACGUCAGCGUUCACAUGGAGGAGGUGGUGGUGGUGACGACGCCUGACGGCGCGGUGGAUGGAGGCGGCGUGGAGGAGGUGAAAACGGUGCUGGUCACCACCAACCUGUCCCAGCACGGCGGUGACAUAAACGAAGACACGCUGGAGACCGAAAAUGCAGCUGCUGCGGCUGCUGCUGCCUUUACAGCCUCCACACAUCUGAAGGAAGCGGUCCUAGUGAAGAUGGCUGAAGAUGAGGACAGUUUGGAGGCAGAGAUUGUCUACCCCAUCACCUGCGGGGACAGCAAAGCCAACCUCAUCUGGAGAAAGUUUGUGUGCCCUGGGAUCAACGUGAAGUGUGUGCAGUUUGACGAUCACCUAAUUAGUCCCAAGGAGUUUGUCCACUUGGCGGGCAAGUCGACCCUGAAGGAUUGGAAGCGGGCAAUCCGGAUGAACGGGAUCAUGCUCCGGAAGAUCAUGGACUCGGGGGAGCUGGAUUUCUACCAGCACGCGAAAAUCUGUUCCAACACCUGCCGGAGCACCAAAAUCGACCUGACCGGAGCCAGGGUGUCCUUGACCAGCCAGACAUCGACGGAGUACAUCCCUCUCACUCCUGCUUCUGCGGAUGUGAACGGAUCCCCGGCUACGAUUACCAUAGAAACGUGUGAGGAUGCCAGUGACUGGAGCACCAGCAUCGGAGAUGACACCUUCGCUUUCUGGCGAGGCCUGAAGGAUACGGGUCUCCUGGAAGAAGUAAUCCACGAGUUCCACCAGGAGCUAGUGGAGACCAUGAAGGGCUUGCAGCAGCGAGCACAGGAUCCCCCACUGCAGCUCAGUGAUGCUGUUUUACUCAACAACGUCGUCCAGAACUUCGGUAUGCUGGAUCUGGUCAAGAAGGUCCUGGCCAGCCACAAGUGUCAGAUGGAUCGCUCGAGGGAGCAGUACACGCGGGAUUUGGCAGCUCUGGAGCAGCAGUGUGACGAGCACCGCAAGCGAGCGAAGGAGCUGAAGCACAAAUCGCAGCAUCUCAACAAUGUCCUGAUGACCCUCACGCCCGUCUCCGUCCCCACACCUUUAAAACGUCCCAGGCUGACCAGGGCCACCUCCGGACCAGCUGCCAUCACCUCCCAAGUCCUGUCCCAGCCGGCGCAGCUCGCCGUCACCCCUGGCGUGCCCGUCUCCCAGCUUGCCAACCUCCCUCUCGGCAAAGUGGUCUCGGCCCUCCCGACCUCGGUGCUGGGGAAGAGCCCGUCCCAGCCUCCUGCUGCCAGCUCCCCAGCUUCCCCACUGCUGGGAGGGUACUCGGUACUGGCCUCCGCCGGCUCCACCUUCCCCGGUACGGUGGAGAUCCACCCGGACGCUUCCAACCUGACGGUGCUGAGCACGGCCGCGGUCCAGGACGGCAGCACGGUCGUGAAGGUGGUGAGCCCCUUCCAGCUGCUGACGCUGCCGGGACUCGGUACGACCAUCCAGAACGUGACACAAAUGGCUCCCGGUGGGAGCACGGUCGUGACCGUCCCGUCCGGUGCCACCGAGGCCGCCGGGGACGAGCAUGCCGCCACCGCCAUCGAGGUGACCGCAGUGGCCGACGAGGCGGAGCAGAAGUGAAAGGGGGGACUUGCCUGGAGGGACGCUGGCCGUGCCGCUCUGGGUGGAACUGCCUUUUCUCUGGCUGCGCUGCGGGAAGAGGAGCGGUGUAACGAGGGGCAUGGGUUAACGAGACUCAGAGCGGCUCAUGUCGGUAAUGAGGAGGUUCAGGUCAGAGGGAAGGAGGGGGAGGAAAGAUGCCUGGAGAAGGGAAAGGCAAAAAUGCUCUUCCCUGUUUGGAGG